AUGGGUAUGCAGAAGCCAGUUUACUUUGUGAGCAAAAUCAUCCAGGGAGCAGAGAUUAGAUACACCGCAGCGGAAAAAACAGCUUACGCUAUUAUGAUCACGGCAAGAAAAUUGCGCCCUUACUUUUUAUCACAUAAAAUUAUCGUCAGAACAGCGCUACCUUUUCAGCAAAUUUUGGGGAGGCCAGACCUUGCAGGAAGAAUGGUAAAGUGGGCCAUUGAAUUGGGCGAAUAUGAUGUGACGUUCGAACCUUGUACAACCAUCAAAGCGCAGGCCUUGGCUGAUUUCAUCCAAGAAACCACAAGAUGGCCGUUGCGGGGACCAUGGACGGCGCAAGUCGACGGCUCCGUCACCAAGGAAGGGUGUGGAGUCGGAAUAUAUAUCGAAUCACCGGAAGAUGGAGCCUACCAGUUUGCGAUCAAGUUCGAGGACAAGCUGUCGACUAAUGACACAGAAUAUGAGGCAGUGAUAAGGGCCGCCCACAUCUUGAGGGAGCUUAGAGCAGACACAGCUAUAAUCAAGAUCGAUUCACAACUAGUAGCCCAACAGUUGAGGGGUGAAUGCGAGGUCCACGACGACAGAAUGAAAGCUUAUUAUGAUCAGAUGCAGCAAAUCAAGAAAAAAUUUGAAGAACUGGAAAUAGUACAAGUACCCCGAGAGAAAAAUCGAAAAGUUGAUCUUCUGGCGAGGAUGGCCAGUGCCGUCGAGCAAUCAUGGAACGAUGAAGUCACACUCCUGUUUGAGCCAAAGAAGAGUUCAGAGGUCCAGGUCUGCGCAGUCGAAGUUGGGAACGAUUGGCGAGCUCCAAUUAUUCAUUUUUUACGAACAUGGGAAAGAAUGGAGGGAGACACCGCAAAGUACGCUAAAUAUGAGAAUUUUUGCUUGAUCAACAACCAGCUUUAUAAAAUAUCUUUCACACAUCCGUUCCUUAAAUGUUUAUCACCGGAAGAGGCAGAGUUUGCUCUAAGAGAAAUUCAUCAGGGUUACUGUGGGAACCACGCUGGAUACAAGGACUUGACCAGGAAAAUCAUCAGAGCAGGAUUCUAUUGGCCCGGCAUCGACAGAGACACCAAGGCAUAUGUAAAGAAAUGUAGAUCUUGCCAGAGACACGCGCCAAGAAUCAACACCCCAGGGGAGGAAAUGGGGAUAAUAUACGGAGUUCCCAGAGUUUUAAUAUCAGACAACGGAGCCCAGUUCACCAGCCAAAAAAUCGAAGAUUUCUGUUCAAGGAUGGACAUCAAGCAAAGAUUCGUCUCAGUGGCUCAUCCACAAGCCAAUGGUCAAGUAGAGCUGGCCAAUCGCACUAUUUGUGAGGGCAUCAAGAAAAGGUUAGAAAGGAGCAGAGGACGGUGGGCUGAAGAACUAGAUACGGUUUUGUGGGCAUCGCACACCAGCCCAAAGACGGCAACAGGUGAAGCCUCGUUCACUUUGGUCUAUGGUUCAAACGCGGUCAUACCUGCAGAAGUAAGGUUAAAGUCGCAUCGAAUCUGUACAUAUGAUCCAGCGCAGAAUGAAGAGCUGCGCCGACUUGAAUUGGACCUGAUAGACUUUAAAAGAGAAGAAGCCCAGGUCAAGGCAACCAAGUACAAGAGUAUUGUUAAAGCAGGAUACGACAGGAAAGUUAAACAGCGUCGACUCCAGAAAGGGGACCAAGUACUCAAGCGCGCGGACGCUCUAAAGGCCACCGGGAAAUUUGAAGCUACUUGGGAAGGACCUUAUAUUAUCACUGAAGUCUUAGGAGGCGGAGCCUAUCACUUGUCUGAUCAAGAAGGGAGAUCUCUCACAAGGCCGUGGAACAUCAAUCAUCUCAAGAAAUUUUAUGUGUGA